UCCCGCAGCCCCAGCCCACACUUUGGAAGCAUGUCAGUACAAGAGAACGAGAACACGGGACCCCGGCAGUUUUGGUCAUGUAUCUCUAAGUCCCAAAGGGACUUCGCCAAGUCCAUCCUGAUUGGGGCUCCAGGAGGGCCAGCAGGGUACCUACGGCGGGCCAGUGUGGCCCAGCUGACCCAGGAGCUGGGCACCGCCUUCUUCCAGAGGCAGCAGCUGUCCGCUGCGAUGGCAGACACCUUCCUGGAACACCUCUGCCUGCUGGACAUCGACUCGGAGCCCGUGGCUGCUCGCAGUACCAGCAUCAUUGCCACCAUUGGGCCGGCAUCGCGCUCCGUAGAGCGCCUCAAGGAGAUGAUCAAGGCCGGCAUGAACAUUGCGCGACUCAACUUCUCCCACGGCUCCCACGAGUACCACGCUGAGUCCAUCGCCAACGUCCGGGAGGCGGUGGAGAGCUUUGCAGCCUCCCCGCUCAGCUACCGACCGGUGGCCAUCGCUCUGGACACCAAAGGCCCAGAGAUCCGCACCGGGAUCCUGCAGGGGGGCCCCGAGGCGGAGGUGGAGCUGGUGAAGGGCUCGCAGGUGCUGGUGACCGUGGACCCGGCGUUCCGGACGCGGGGGGACGCGCACACCGUGUGGGUGGACUACCCCAACAUCGUCAGGGUCCUGCCGGUGGGGGGCCGCAUCUACAUCGACGACGGGCUCAUCUCCCUGACGGUCAAGAACAUCGGCCCGGCGGGGCUGGAGACCGAGGUGGAGAACGGGGGCGUCCUGGGCAGCCGCAAGGGCGUGAACCUGCCGGGCACCCAGGUGGACCUGCCCGGGCUGUCCGAGCAAGACUUCCGGGACCUGCGCUUCGGGGUGGAGCAUGGCGUAGACAUCGUCUUUGCCUCCUUUGUGCGGAAAGCCAGCGAUGUGGCUGCGGUGCGCGCUGCUCUGGGGCCUGAAGGACAGGCCAUCAAGAUCAUUAGCAAAAUCGAGAACCACGAAGGCGUGAAGAAGUUCGAUGAAAUCCUGGAAGUGAGCGAUGGCAUCAUGGUGGCGCGGGGUGACCUGGGCAUCGAGAUCCCAGCUGAGAAGGUUUUCCUGGCUCAGAAGAUGAUGAUUGGACGUUGCAACUUGGCGGGCAAACCAGUUGUCUGUGCCACACAGAUGCUGGAGAGCAUGAUUAGUAAGCCCCGGCCAACUCGGGCAGAGACGAGCGACGUGGCCAAUGCCGUGCUGGACGGCGCAGACUGCAUCAUGCUGUCGGGGGAGACGGCCAAGGGCAGCUUUCCGGUGGAGGCCGUGAAGAUGCAGCACGCGAUUGCCAGGGAGGCAGAAGCGGCAGUGUACCACCGGCAGCUGUUCGAGGAGCUGCGCCGGGCCGCACCACUGACCCGUGACCCCACUGAAGUCACUGCCGUUGGUGCUGUGGAGGCUUCCUUCAAGUGCUGUGCUGCUGCCAUCAUCGUGCUGACCAAAACCGGCCGCUCAGCCCAGCUUCUGUCUCGGUACCGACCUCGGGCAGCGGUCAUUGCUGUCACCCGCUCUGCCCAGGCUGCCCGCCAGGCCCACCUAUGCCGAGGAGUCUUCCCCUUGCUGUACCAUGAACCACCAGAGGCCGUCUGGGCAGAGGAUGUGGAUCGCCGGGUUCAAUUUGGCAUUGAAAGCGGAAAGCUCCGUGGCUUCCUCCAUGUUGGGGACCUGGUGAUUGUGGUGACAGGCUGGCGACCUGGGUCUGGCUAUACCAACAUCAUGCGAGUGCUAAACGUAUCCUGA